UUCAUUGGCUUAUAUUGGGGAGGAAGGUUAUAUUUUAUCAUAAAUUAAAUAGAAAUGUCCAACCCUGCUCCAAAUAAUAGCUUUAGCAAUAACAUGCUAUACCAAGAACAUUUGAACCAACUCGAUACUAUUUUUGUUGAUAUUCAGGAGAAGAUUGAAACUUUAGACAAGACCCCAGAAACUUUCAAAUUUCAAAAAUUACCUCUUGCAAGAGUAAAGAAGAUCAUGAAAGCAGAUGAAGAUGUCAAAAUGAUUUCUGCUGAAGCCCCUGUACUCUUUGCUAAGGCUUGCGAGAUGUUCAUAAUAGAACUCACUCACAGAUCUUACUUCCACACUGUAGAAAACAAAAGAAAAACUCUCCAGAGAUCAGAUAUUGCUCAAACAAUUGCUUCUACUGACAUUUAUGACUUUUUACAAGACAUUAUCCCAAAGGAGGAAUUGAAAGAAGCACAGAAUAACAAUAAGAAAGCUCAAGAGGAGCUUAACCUGAGACCACCAACCAGCACUACAGCUCCUGCCCCUACCCCAGCUCCUCAUGAUUUAGCACAGGCUAUGAUUCCUCCUUCCCCUAUGGCUGACCCUGAUAUCAAGCUCGACGGCAUCGAAACUCCUCAACAAAAGACCUUACAAAUGUUCUCAGAGACUGAUCCAGCCAAUAUCAACCAAAAUGAGCCUAAUAAUGAAGACAAACUAGAAUAA